AUGCAGCAAGAAGAUGGAAAGGGCAGAAGCUCAAUGGAAGAGAUAUCUGAUGAUAAUAAAAUAGAUGAGAAACAGAGAAAAGAUUCUGGUUCUACUGAAAAUGGCUUGAGUGGCUGCGAACAGACAGUCAGUAAUAGCCUAUGCAAAAUAGCGCAGUUGUAUGCUGAUACUUUUAAGCUCGUGGAAGGGAACUCAAAUGGGCUUUUUACUAAAGACAAUGCAUUUGUCAAAUUAGUCACAAGACACUUAAAAGAGGAAGUUAUCAGAUUUGGAACUGAUCAUUUUGCACUAUCCUACGUCAUAGAGUUUUUAAUUUCUCCAGCAGAGAGUAGAACACCUUACUCAUACGGCCUGUAUAGCAAAGCCAGCAUAGGAGUAUGCAUCUCUCCAGAGCUAACUAGCUGCAGCGAUGACAUUUUGAACAUCAUAUUGAUGUUUGUAGACCUGCAGGAGAAUGUGGAGGAUCGCAUUGUUGUACAAAACUUUGCGCUGUCUGAGAACUUCAGGUUUUCAAAGUUCAAAUAUUUUAGCUCUGCAAGCGAGGUCAAGCUGUGCAAUGUGUCUUUGCACUCGAGCACUUUUAAAGACAUGGAGAAUUUUGAAGAGCUCCUUGUUCUGGGCUUUAAAGAAACAAGACUACUUGGUGAUAAAAACUUAAAGACCACAAUAUGGGUCGACACCUUAUUAAUAGAAGCAGUGGAGGAGGAAGAGAUCGAACACUUUUUGCAUUCUAUACACAAUGUACACUUCAAUUUAUCAAUCAGCAUGGUAAACAUAACCAACACGCAGAGCAUUUCUAGUCUGCGCUAUCUGUCUUCUGUGAAAAUAUUGGAAUUUCACAGAACGGUUUUUAAAGAAAUUCCAGACUUUACCUUCAUCAAGAAAAUUAAGAACCUGUAUGCUCUGUACAUGCAAAAUGUGUUCUACGGAUACGACGAAAAGUAUGAGGAGAGCCUGCUCCCGCGGAUUAAGAGAAACGUGCAGUAUCUAAACAUAAGCCAAGUUCAGAAGAAGUACCAUACGUUUUCCGAGAAGGAAAAAAAGAUCAUCGACGAAAACAGGAAGAUAGGAGAAGAGAUAGCCAUUACAAAUUGCUACAUAAACAACAACAUCUACCAAGACCUGGGAUUUAGCAACAUUAAAGUGAACAACCCCAUCCUUAUAGACGUCAAAUUUCCUCUUGCUAUCGAUGAAACUUUUUUUAAUAUAGUUUCGUACUAUAUGAAGUUUCGCAUGAGCCUAGAAACUAGCUCUCUAUUUAUUUCAAGUUUCACAGAAGCUGCCAAGCCCGAUUCUCGAUUUCUUCCGUAUCUGAGCAACUUCGUGUUUCCCUUUGGCGCGUAUAAGGCAAUCAAGACAAUAGCCUUCAAAAUCAGCCAUAAAGACAAAAUAACUGAGAAAUUCAUGCUUUUUCUUAGAGACUCUGUGUGCCUGCACUUAAAUUCUGACUCUGUUGAGAAGGUAACGAUUGAGAUAACCAGUGUUGUAGAUCUAGACCUAAAUACCCUUAUUGAGUAUGGCAAACACUUUAAAAAACUCUCGUACAUAGGAUUUCAAAUUGGCAAGCUGACAUCAGCUGACAUUAAAAAUAUAAAUGAAAUAGGAGUGGACAGCACAUCUCAGUACAAAGUGUAUACACAUAAUGAUAGCAAUAGACUAAUAAUAGAAUUUACAGAAAAUACCUAG